AUGGCGGCGCCGGAGGCGGCGGCGGGUAUAUGGCGCGAGGAGGAGAAGGACUUUAUUGCAAAGGGCACAAUACCGCUGAUGGCGGUGAUUCAGCCGAACAAAGACAAAGUGCGCCCGGUCAUGGACUUCAGAGAGCUGAAUGAGUAUUUGGACUCGCAUACGGCUGCCGCAGACGUGUGUAGCGAGAAAAUUCGCGAGUGGCGCCGGUUCGGACGGAACGUGUCGCUUCUGGAUCUCAAAGACGCCUACCUGCAGGUGCAUAGGCGUGUCACCGCUGUGUCCAGUGGAUGGGAUGACGAGGUCACUGACCCGGAGCUCUGUGCAAUGGUCAUUGAGAUGGUGGAGCGUGUGAACACAUCUGACCCCGCGCGGGGCCGGUGGGAUGUCUCUGGAGACGGCGGAGGUGUGGUGUGGGUCGAUGCCAGCUCCCUCGCCAUCGGGGCCGUGCUGGAGAUCAACGACUGCGUCGUUGAAGACGCCUGCUGGCUGCGGAAGAGCUCGGACACCCACAUCAAUCUCGCAGAGCUAGAUGCUGUGAUUCGAGGGCUCAAUCUGGCACUGUCCUGGAAUUUGAAGAAUGUGACGAUCAUGACCGACUCGCGAACCGUCUAUCACUGGCUGUCCGACGUCCUGUCUGGCAGAGCCCGUGUAAAAACCAAGGCAGCGAGCGAGAUGCUAAUUCGGAGACGUCUUGAGACAGUGAAGAAGCUGGGUGAAGAAUAUGCCAUGCAACUCUGCGUGAAAUUCGUCCCAUCGGCUGAGAACCGGGCCGACGCGCUCACGAGAGUGCCAAAAAAGUGGCUGACCCCGCAGGGCGCGUCGAUGGUGUGCGGUGCCGUCGUCACAGAGCCCGACAUCGCACGGAUUCACCACACCAGCGGCCAUCCUGGCAUCACACGAACCCUGAGACUAUGCAGGAGGCAGAGCUCUGACGUCACCAGAGCUCAGGUGCGUGCCGUGAUCCGCCAGUGUCAGGCGUGCCAAUCGGUCGACCCUGCGCCGCAGCGCUGGGUGCGCGGCACGCUAGGGGUGAACGAGUGCUGGGAAAGAGUGAGCAUGGACGUCUGCCACGCCGACAAUCAACUCUACCUGACCCUAGUGGAUUGCAUCGGCACGGAGAGGUGUGAAAAUGCCUCGAACUUCGCCGACUGGUUCCCGCCGCUGACGCAGCGCAGCGUGGACUUGUACUGGCCCCCGAACAGGUUCGAGAUCGGAGACUGGUGUUGCGGCUCUGGGAGUCGUCCUGGAGGAGCUUGA